AUGACAGAACUAUCUCAUACAACAGCGCUCGAGAAGCUCCAUCGAAUGGAGCAACAAGACGGCUCUUUGGACACACAUCUUGCAAUUGUUCGCAUUAGUGAACCGAUCUUCUCUCCAGACGGUAGUUCGGCGCCCACGCCAUCCAAACGCAACUCCGAUGUCUCUACGAUUGACAAUCCCUCACCCGUAUCCCUUGAUGCAGAUCUGACCCACUACAAGGAAUUAUUCUCGAAACUACGUUUUUCCUAUGUCGAGCAAGUUACAAAGGAGAAAUUCCUACGUGCGAUCGUAGGGGACCCACCUUUAGUAGUUGGUCAUAAUGAAAAUGUCGAGCUGGAGGCACAAUUAGCGGAGGUGAAGGCCGAACUUCGUGCCCAAAAAGAGGAGGUGCGGGUAAUGAUUGAAGAGAUGGAGAAGACAGGACGGGACCUUUCAAGGCGCUACAAGAACGUUCAGCUUCAGAUGACACAACUUUCGACUCUUCCUGAAUCCAUUGAGAAUCUUGAGUCCACAAUUGCGGGGUUGCGCGCAAAACGGAUCGCUACUAUGGACCUGUCCUCCUCCCAAAAUAUGCCACUCCCUGCAACAUUAUCCCUUCUAUCCGAGCGAGAGGCGGAACUUUCGGCCCUUGAUAGACAACUUGCAGCAGUACAGAACACUCUGCCUCGCAAGACCAGAGAGGCAGAGACGAUAGAGCGAGAGCUAGGAGUGCUUGGGAAGCGGAAAUCGGAAGCUAUAACACAAGCCCAAGAAGCCAAGAGAAAGAAACAGGAGGGAGAGAGCGAUGGGCUUGAGGAGAUGGGUAGAUGGUAUCGAAGUGCAGGGGAGGCUCUGAAGGGUCUGGUUGGUGUUGGGGGUUAA